AUGAGCCACGUCCUGCAUGUUGUCGUAGUUGGUUUCCAUCACAAAAAAGGGUGCCAGGUCGAAUAUUGUUAUCCUCCUUUAUCUGAAGAUUCGGAGACUUCCUUACCAGAACAAUGGGCGCACCUGCCCGCACUAGCCCUUCCAGAUGGAGCUCAUAAUACGGCUAGUGAUGUCAUCUAUUUCACCUUACCAUCCAAAGAUUCACCAGGUGAAACUGUUUUCGGAAUUUCGUGUUAUCGACAAAUAUCAGCAAAUGAUCUGGUUGCCAAAACCGAUGAUGUCACGCGCAGUACCGUGCAGAAAAGUGUUUGUGUCAUAUCAAGAUCACCCUUGUUUGGAGUUCUGAAAGCUAAACUACAACUAAUUACACAAGCUUAUUUCAAUGAAAGAGAUUUCUCCAAGGUUGAAGUCUUGGCUCAGAUGUACACGAAUCUCUGCGACAUGUUUGAAGGGGAUCUUGUGGAUGGACAAGCAGCGUCCAUGGACAUAUCUCUUCAAGACCUCUUCUCCAAAUUCCGACAUCGUGUUAUCUUGCUGUUCAAGUUGAUGUUGCUGGAAAAAAAAGUCUUAUUCAAUAUUACCCCAGUGCAGGAUUUAGGAGAUACUAUCAUCGGGCUCUUGUCGCUCUUCCCUAAAUUGUUAGAAGAGGGUUUGCUCCAUUCCUGUUUUAUGGAAAAUACGAAUACUCAGGAGAAUGUUAUUGAAGAGGUUCCAGUGGUUGAUGCUGAAGACGACGAAAUAGUAGUGAGACCACCCAGUCCUUUAGAAGAUACAAUAAAACAGCACGAUUCCUUUGGAUUUCCGCUGGCUAUUUUCACAGAGGGAAAUUGUUUUCAACCGUAUGCAUCCAUAUCCUAUUUGGAUCUCUUACGAACACCAUCUAAUCGUGGAUUUACUGUGGGAGCUACGAAUGUUUUGUUUAUGACCAAGAAAGACUUGUGGGAUGUCAUAAUAACCGUUGAUGAACAAGGCAUAGGACAAGUUGAUGUUUUGAAGCCGGAGUUGAAGAAAUUGCUUUCGCUCACUGCUGCCGAUUUACGCUUCGGAGAUUAUCUUAUUAAGAAUAUAGAUGCUAAUAGAGAAGCUUCUGCUGUUUUUGAAGGUGGAGACGAAUGGAUUAAGCUCCAAUUCCGGAAUUAUUUACUCUCAUUAGGAGCUACUGCUCGUAGUGACUUGCUCUCUUCUCUGGGUGAUUUUGGUUCUCUUUUCAUUAAUGAAUGGAAGCAGACGAAAAAUUAUAAAUUGUGGAUGAAUGGCGACUACGAAGAUUUGGUUGGAACACCUUUGGGACACGCUUUUGCUGGCCAAAUGGGAUUUCACGAUGUUGUUUUGCGUGUUGACAAUGCUGUUUCCGGUUCAGAAGGAGCACGAAAGGCUUUGACGGUUUUAUCUUCGACGGGAAAAUCAAUAGGAGAGAAAGGUGCGAAUGUCAAGCAAAGUUUGACUAAUUGGUUCCGCGGGGGAGGGAACACAACUCCGGAAAAUGGCGGUGAGCCGUCCAAACCACAAACCAACAGAUUUUCUACCUGGUUGCGAACAUCGACCUCCAGUCCUUCGAUCAGUUCUAGCGAGGAAAAACCGGGAGAAAAUAUAAACUCGAACACUUCGGAGACAGAAGAUGCCACUAUAUCUUCGAAGGCUAAAAACUUCGUCAAUUGGUUGAAGAAUGGCAAAGCAGAAUCUAUCGAGACAGCAGAAGAAGCUUUCGACGAAACAAUGUCAACAACGGAAAAAACAGAAAACAAAUUUCUAAAGCAUUUCGCACAUAUCUAUGUACUAUGCCAUUCGUUUGUAAUUAGCUGCACUCUUGCAUGA